AUGUCUGUGUCGACGUUAAUUAAUUUAUUUUACCUAUUACUGUUAUUUGGGACAUCUAAUUUAACAGCCAAUACAAUUAAUCAUCACAAUGCACCACGAACACUUGCUAAAAGAUCACAAACAUACCAGUCUGCUGUCUAUAUACCUGAUUCAAUGUUAAUACGAGAUAUUGAAAAUCAACCUGAAAUACCAAAGUAUACUAUUCCUAAAAUUCCAUCAGGAUUUAUUACAAUACCAGCAAAAUUUUCACCAUUAAAUAGGCAAAUUAUUAAUGAGAGAGAUGAAAAAGAUCCUGAGAUACCUCGUCAUCCAGCAACAAGAAUGGGAUUUAAUAAUAUUCCUCCUGAAAUACCAUAUCCUAAACAACAAUCACAACAAUUCCCAUUUUCGGGUAUUCAACAAAAUCUUCAAUGGAAUAGAUUUCCAGAUUAUUCUAUGUCACCAUUUUUCAAUUACCUUCAAAAGAUGCAACAAAAUCCUUCAUUAAAUAUGUUUUCAACAUUUCCUACAGAUUAUCAUUUUCCACAAACAAAUACAUUCCAAGAAAAUCCCAAAAAUUUUCACAUAGCUUACCCAGAUAUUAAAACGACUAAUACAAAAACACAAUAUGUUGAAACAUAUAAUGACCAGACAUCUAGUAACUUUAAUGCACAUAAUUCUGGAGCACCAAUCAAAACACCAUCAUUCACCCCAUCAUUACAAUCAUUAACAUCUACCACCAACAUACAACCAAAAAAAGAAUAUUCUUUUUAUGAAAAUACAAUACAAGGCAUAAAAAAUAUUCCUACAUCAGAAGUGAUUGGAAAAGAUAUAAUAACAAAAAAUAUUAAUCAUAAAGAAUCAAAUAAUUUUCAUACUUCUUCACUUAAAAAAAUUCCAUCUACACAUGCCUUUGAUAAAACAAUAGAUAUUAAUUUAGAUGGUGUCUUAGAUUUCAAUGAGGUAGAGUAUGCUGCAUUCGUUCACCAUGGUUUAAGUGGUUCAGUGGUACAAGAUAUAUUUAAUAGUGUUGAUGGAGAUAAAAAUAGUGUCCUGGAUUGGAAAGAAUUUAGUGAAAUGAAACCAUUAAUUAUUGAGAAAGCAUUAAAUGCUGCACAAAGGUAUCUUCUUAAUGUUGAUACUGAUAAAAAUGGAAAAUUAAGUUUGUCUGAAGCUAAAAAAUAUGUUCUUAAAGAAUAUGGUAUUGGAUAUCGUGAUGUUGAAAGAAUUUGGCUUUUAGUUGUUUCAAAUAAAAAUAUUGAACUUGAUGUCAAUGAAUUUGCCAUAUUUAGGAGACGCCUUCGUGGUAUGAGUAUUAGAUUGGCAAGGCAAAUCAUGAAAUUUUAUGAUGGAAAUAAUGAUUAUAGUAUGAAUGUAUUUGAGACAAGAAAAGUUGCCUAUGAACAGGAAGGAAUUAAUGAUGAAGAAGUUGAGGUUAUGAUUGCUUCAUGUGAUGAUGAUAGAAAUGGUGAACUUAAUCCAGCUGAGUUUGCUGAUUUUCUUCGUCUUGUUAGAGCUAAAUCUAUUGACACAUCUAAAAGAGCAAUGAAAGUACUUGACUUUGAUAACAGUAAUACAAUUAGCCUUGAAGAAGCAAAAAAAAUUGCUUUUGAUCAUUAUGGAUAUGAUGAAUGGCAAUUAGCUCCAAUAUUUGGGCAGGCUGAUGAAAAUGAAGAUAAUCAACUUGAUGAAAUUGAAUUUGCUGGAUUUAGAAGUGUUAUUAGAAAUAAAAGUAUAAAAACAGCAAAUUUAAUUAUUAGACAAUGGGACAAAAAUCUUAAUGGAAUGAUUGAUCUUGAGGAGGCUGAAGAUAAAACAAGAAAUGAAGAUGAUUUAGAUGAAAAAGAUUGUUACUCAUUGUUUGUUGUUGCAGAUCAAAAUAAAGAUCAACUUCUUGAUAAAGUUGAGUUUGCUGAUUUUCUAAGAAUGGUUAGGUCUAGUUCAAUAAAAAUUAUCAGUGAAAAUAUGGGAAAAUUUGAUAAGAAUGGUGAUGAUAAAGUUACAGUUGAUGAGAUAUCUACAAUUGUCCAUGCAAAAUAUGGUUUUAGUUUUAAAGAUAUUAAAAAAAUAUUUGAUCGUGUUGAUUGUGAUUUUAAUGAAGAAUUAAGUCCUGGAGAAAUUGUUGAUUUUAGACAUCAAACUAGACUUUUAGCAGAGGAACGUGGUAUUAAACCAACAGAAUUUAUUAAAAUACCACAAAAUAAAACUAUGAAAUUAUCAUCUUCCUCAAAAAAAAGUGAUGACUCAACUAAAUCAAUUAUAAAUAACUCUGAAACAAAUAUACCAACACCAAACCCAAUACCACUUGAAAAGUUGGAAGAAAAUAUGGAUCUUGUUGAUGAGGUUACAACAGAAACUACAGAAACAACAAUAAAAAAAAAUAAAAAAAGAAGAAGGAGGAUUAAGACAACAACAUCUACUACAACUAAAGCACCAGAAUAUGAAUAUGUAUCUAGUGAGGAAGUAAAUGAAUAA